GCUGCAUAUACAAAAGAAGCCGUUUUAGGGUUCACAAAGAGAAAAAUUUCUUUGUUUAUUGAUCUCUGCAUGGAUUACGCUUUUGAAAAUGAAAACCACAUAUUAGUUUUAGAGCUUGUAAGGUCAUAUUUUCUCAAAUUCGAUUUUAAUUUGGAAAAACUGUUUAAAGGUAGAGAAAUAAGUUCUGUUGUCUUGGACACACUUUUGCAAACAGCGAAAUCUAUGCUUUUAAGCAAAUGCCCAAGGCUUCAACAAAAUACGAUCAGUCUAUCGUUAUGUUAUGACUGCAGUCAAGAAAGUAGGCUUGUGAUGAUGAUGUCAUACAAAGGUAUCAUUGAAAUGAAAGAUGGAAUUCCGGAGAAAGCCAUGGGGGUUAAUAUUGUACUGUAUAACUAUACACAACCAUCUGAUGAAGCAUAUACUGUCUUUAAUUCCUUUGUGGCUUCUUGCUCCGCGAUAAAUUUGCCUGCAAUUACAGAAAAAGAUGCAAGAAAGCUUUUUAAAAAGCAUUCCAACCUCACUCUCAUAUCGGCAUCCCCAUUUAAAUCAACGGGAUAUUUAAAGGGAAAGCAUAGGGUUGUCGAAAAACCAUGCAUUAGUCUAUUAUGUUUACAUAAAGGAUAUAUUCCUAUUGGAGAAAGAGAGUUUCCAAAACAAAUCCAUGGCUUUGGAGUAGACGUGCAGGAGGGAUUUUGUUUUCUAGGAAGUGGUAGGUCAAUAGACUUUGGAGGACAUAUUCGUCGUGCCAGAGGAAUAAACACGCCUGGAAAUGGAAGCAUUGGGGGUUUUAUUGAUUUGCAAAAUGAUGCAGUUGGUUUAAUAACAUGUGCCCAUGUUGUGUUUUCAACAGAUGAAUUGAUAAUACCGAAUAGUGAAAUACAGAAGUAUGUACUUGGCAAUGGUAUUGAUUUAAAAGUAGAAUUCUUUGAUAAAAAUCAGCAUAAUUUUCAAGUGUGUGGUAACAUUGUGGAUAAAUGUUUUCCAUUAUCAUCUAAUAACAAUUCAGUUGAUGCUGCUUUGAUAAAACUUGACCCAGCUGUGAACGAAUUUGGAUUUCCCUUAACACUUGCCAAUCAACUAUAUUCAGCAGGAUUUGACCCAAAUAAGCCACCCGUAUUUACUGGGGAGGUUGUUAAUGUGCCAGAUCCUACAGUAAGCAGCAGAAUUCCUGGAAAAUUAGACAGUGUCAUUAAAUAUGGAAGUAAAACGGGAUUCACGAUUGGAAGUCUCUACUUUAAUGGAGCGCAUAUCCGUUUUGUAAAUGAAACAGGAGAAUUGCCUGAUAAAACACCUGUUCAUAUGUGCAACCAAAUUGAAAUUCAAAGCCUACCUCAUGGAAUAUUUUUUGAACCUGGUGAUUCUGGAGCCUUUGUCUUUUGUAUCAACCCAGAUAAGACACUUAGCUGUAUUGGGAUGGCUAUAGGCUCCACCUCUAAAGGGUCCUGUUUUGUAACACCAAUGGUUCGAAUAUUAGAUUCAUUUGGUCUCCGUCGCGAAUUAAAGCCAUCUUCUUCAUUAGUUGCCUCUGGAAACAACCCUAUAGCGUCGGGAAAUCCUUCAAAGUCAGAGUUAGCCCAGCAAAGUAAUGCUUCAUCCGAAGUUAAUUUAGAACAAAUACUGUUGAAAUUGCAAAUGUCAGUAACGAGUAUGCAAACAUCAAUAACCGAUGUUCAAAAUCAACAAAGGAGCAUUCAGUCUUCAUUAAACAAUGUGCAAACAGACGUUAAAAGUUUGAAGGAAACGAACGAAAAAUUUCAAACAGAAAUUGGAACUUUGAGAACACAAUUUCAAACAGAAACUGAAAAUUUGAGAACAGAAGUAGGAAAUUUGAGAAGUCAAGUUCAAGCAGAAGUAGGAAAUUUAAAGACUCAAGUUCAAGAAUUUAAAAAUGAAUUUCAAACAAAGUCAUCAGGAAGUUCGCUUGAUAUCAAUCAGAAUUAAAAUAAUGUGUUUUGUUUUGGUGAACUUCCUUUCCUGAACCUUAUACAGAGUUGAUAUAUACGUGAACAGAUGUUAUCUUUGUCAAUUUUGUGUAUUACGGAUAUCUCAAAGUAGU